UAUAUAUAUAAAAGCAGAAGCUGAGAGAAAAUGAGUUCCUAGAAUUAAGGAGAUAAUGACAAAUAGGAAAAGUCCCUACCUAAAAUUCAGACAUGUGUAACUUUAAAAAGCGAUACAUUAUAUUGUUUUCAAAAAAUUAACACCGUUUGGCUGUAAUUGUUUAUAUUAAAAAAAAAACUGUUAAAAGAAAAAAAAACAAAACGUAGAAAUUAAAAAAUAUCUACCGAUCGUUUCAGACUACUUAACAUUCUCUCUCCUAAAAAACAAAAAACCCUGCCAAUAUUGCGAUACAGGGAAAGGGGAAAAGGGCUUACAAUACUCCCAAAAAACACUUGCGUUACUGAGAACGGAGAAGGAGAGAGAGAUCGAGAGAUCAAAAACUGAAACCCAAAACAUCAGACACCAAUCAAGAUGAAGAAGAGCCGUACAUUCUCUUCCAAUAUCCCCAAACUCUCUCUCUCUCUUCUCACGAACCCUAAUCUUUUUCUUCAAGAAUAUUCAAUCCCUUUAAUCCAGGCUACAGAUUUGAAUCGAUCUUUGUGUAUGUGUAUAUGGCGAACGGUACGGAUUUGGAGGAGUUCGUGUUGCUAUCAUGGGUUCGAACGGGUCACAAGCGCGAGUUCGCCUUCGCAAUGAAGGUGGAAUCAGAGAUCUGCGGGUCCUUGGGUCGGACCCGGUCCAGGAAGACCCGGAAUGAGGCUGUGGCGACCAAUAGAAGCAAGAAAUUGAAGAAGCUGGAUCCGAAGGACGCCGAGAACGACGAAGUUAUGGAUCAGAAGGAGAAGGAUUUAGGCGAUUCGAUGAGCGAGGAGGAAGCGAAAAGCGACGUGGUGGACCUAACGAGCGACGACGAGCCGAAGGGGCACGUUGGAGAAUCGGAAUUGGUCGGAGAAGGGGGUUCCAAGAAGGACAAGUCAAUGCCGGUUUUCGACGAGGAAUUGAAGGGUGGAGUGGUUGAAAUGGUUCAGAAUCCUGUGAAGGAAGAGGAAUUAGUGUGUGAAAGCAAGCCGAAUGUGAAUGAAGAGAUGAAGACGGAGCCGGGAGUCAAGAAAACGAAUGACGAUUUGGUUAACGAUGAGAAGAUUGAGGGGGUUAGCAUAAUGCUUUUUUUUUGGUUUCUCUCUUAAUCAAAUAUUGUUUCUACCAGUAGUUUGCAUGGUUAAUUGAUGGGGUAAUGCUCUUUUUUUGGGUGCU